GACUCUCCUGUUUAUUAUUUAUCAGAGGUCUUCCAGGGAAGUGAUUAAUCUACAAUCCAGGACUCGUCACAUUGAAGGAAGCGUGCAGCCCCACAGCUCCAAUCUUCUGCCUUCCGGGAGCCUUGCAGAUCCUUUCUGUCCUCACUAAAACAGAACAAUGGGGCAAAGGGUUUCAGAGAUCCAGGAACCAUAAAAGAACCAUACUAUGCUUGGAACUGAGGCAAUUUGAAAUAGACGUCUACUGUAAUGAAAGUGACAUCUGCUAAGCAGCUUAAUAGAGCAAUUUGCGCUGUAACUGCUCAUUAUGCUCCGCAUACAGCCAUAAAGGAUGAUCAGCAGACUGGUCCCGCUCCAGUCUGGACUACGACCACAGUUGGUAAACCAACACUAGGAGUCAGAGUGGACUGAACAGUUUGUAUCUGCCUGGUACACAACCUGUAAUCAUGAGGUUCUCUACCGUAGAUUACAUCAUCUUUGCUCUGCUUCUGGUCCUUUCCUCGGGCAUCGGACUUUAUUAUGCCCUGAGCGGUGGGAAGCAGCGCACCACACAGGAGUUUCUGCUGGCCAAUCGCAGCAUGGGCUUCCUUCCAGUAGCCCUUUCUCUCUUGGCCACGUUCCAGUCAGCAGUGGCAAUCCUGGGAGUACCUUCAGAGAUGUACCGAUUUGGUACAGAGUACUGGUUCCUAGGUUGUUCCUACAUCAUCGGUCUUUUGAUCCCUGCUCACAUCUUCAUACCGAUCUUCUACCGUCUACGGUUAACCAGCACCUACGAGUACCUCCAACUGAGAUUCGGUAAAGCCGUGCGGAUCUGUGGAACAGCGACCUUUAUAUUCCAGAUGGUGAUUUACAUGGGUGUGGUCCUGUAUGCGCCGGCACUGGCUUUCAAUGCAGUUACUGGAUUUAGCCUCUGGGGGACAGUGUUAACAAUGGGAUUGGUCUGUACACUAUACACUACAUUGGGGGGUCUGAAAGCCGUCAUCUGGACAGAUGUUAUCCAGACCAUGGUGAUGUUUGCCGGACAGCUCGCUGUGAUUAUAGUUGGUACCAUGAAAGUGGGCAGCAUCAGCGAAGUGUGGCAAAUCGCCACUGAAAAUGGCAAGAUCUCUGGCAUAAACUGGAACCCGGACCCAUUUACACGCCAUUCUAUUUGGUCUCUCGGUAUUGGAGGAAUCUUCAUGAUGCUGUCUCUGUACGGGGUGAAUCAGGCCCAGGUGCAGCGAUACCUCAGCUCCCGCACAGAGAGGGAGGCCAAAUUGUCCUGCUAUGCCGUGUUUCCGUGCCAGCAGCUGGUGCUCUGCUUCGGCUGUAUUACGGGGCUCGUCAUGUUCGCCUAUUACCAAAAAAAUGAAAUCCUCAACCCAGAAAUUAUCUCCACGCCGGAUCAGAUGGUCCUUUACUUUGUGAUGGACAUUCUGAAGGAUCUCCCUGGUCUGCCUGGGCUGUUCGUUGCUUGUCUUUUCAGUGGAGCGCUCAGUACCAUCUCCUCUGCAUUUAAUUCCUUAGCAACGGUAACUAUGGAGGAUUUCAUUAAACCGCACUUCCCACAUCUGUCGGAGUCACGGGCUACUAUGCUGUCAAAGGUUCUUGCUCUGGGAUAUGGUCUCCUGUGCCUUGGCAUGGCCUAUAUUUCCUCUCUGAUGGGCUCAGUGCUGCAGGCUGCUCUUAGUAUUUUUGGAAUGAUUGGAGGACCCCUCCUCGGUCUCUUCUGCCUUGGAAUAUUCUUCCCUUUCACCAAUUCCAUUGGUGCGAUUAGUGGUUUAGUGGCGGGACUCGCAAUGGCCUUUUGGAUUGGAAUUGGAAGCUUUGUAUCGAGAAUGUCCAUGGUCUCUUCGCCUAUACUAAAUGUCACCAGUAUACCUGAGGCUGGCAAUCUCACCACAGCCGUGAUGACAACCCUGUUGACCACUAACACUGCUCAAAAGAGUGUCACCGGCCUGGCCAAGUUCUACUCUCUGUCCUACAUGUGGUACAGCGCUCACAACUCCACCACGGUGGUGAUAGUGGGAAUCCUUGUGAGUCUGCUUACAGGUCCAAUGAAAGGAGCAGACAUUGACCCACGCACGGUCUACCUCGUUCUUCCAAAGCUUUUGUUUUUCUUACCGGAGAGAUACAAGGAGAAGCUCCGUUUUGGGGUGCCACACAUUGCAGAGGACUGUCCAAAAGCGGCAAUUGCAGAAAAACCUUGCAAUGGUUUUUUAAAUGGAGACACCCAAAUCCUGGGAAAAGAGGAGAUGGACGAAAGCUACGGUGGCUUUUUUCGUUCAGAGGGUGGACACUCUUACGUUGUUCAAGAGACCUCCCUUUAGAUAUUUUGAGAACAAAAAAAAAAUUCAGACUUUCAGAAACGUUAUGGCCAAUAUCACCCGAACACCAUGACAUGUAAUUUAUGGACCUUCUACUGAUUCUGAGAAGAUGAGGGACUGAGAUAUCGCUGCUAGGUCUUUAAGUUGUUUGGCUGACAGUUCCAACACUUGGUCAUCUAACUCUUGACGUUCUGUAAAAGUAAUCUCUCUGCCCUCCAGCGGCCUAAAAGUGGUAUUUUUGUUGUGUUUUUGUUUUUUAUAUUCAGUGGUAUGUUUGUCUAACGCACAAGAUUAAAAGAUGUACUUAGUCGACCACCUAGUAAGAGUGAGUAACUGCUCACAGAAGAACCACAAGCACUAAGUGGAUCCGAAGAUUCAAGUACAGUCAGAUACCAAUCAAAUAACCUUUCAGAAUGUCCAUUUGUGCAGUGUUUUCUGAACUUGUUUGGUGGAAAAUGUUAAUGUUGCAGUGAGAAGAUAAAAUGUGACCUAUUAUGUUAAUAUCCAUUUACAGGUAUUGUCUUGUGCUCUAAUGAUUCUGGUGUUCCAUCACUUACUCGGGGGAUGUUGUCAUUGAGCAGCCAAACGGCCUCUUUGAAAUCUUUCUACCAGUUGAUAGAAGUUGGGAAACUUCCGCGUAAUUGGACUAGCCACAGUCUUCCUUGUAAUUUGUUUUUGUUUUUUGUAGAAUAUUUCACCAGAAUGGUAAAAUUACCUACAUUAGGUUUAGACUUGAGCUGGGCUCAAGAUCUUCUGAAUGAAGAAGAAUCUUUUGUGCAGAACUCUGCAGAGACCAUAUAGAAAAAUCAUACCCCAUUCUGUUCCUGACCUCUGCCUCAUAAAGAUGCCUUUAUAAAAAUUCAGAUUUUUCUUUCUUGCGUAAAUAGAUUCUCUCCAUUGAUUUGCCAUGGAGGCGCAUCUGGUUCUUUCAAAUUCAUUCUUUUAAAAACUGUUAAAGGGUUACCAAACACUGUUCUUCUCAUCAUUCAGGUACAAUGUGGGGGAAAGUUGGUAAUUGUAUACCAUGCCCCCGUUAACACCCGUGCUGUUUUCGGUUUAAGUACUG